AUGAUCGCAUAUCAGCACCAGGUUAGGGAAGGAUCUUUAAGGGAUUUACUUAAAUUGACACAAUACAUAUCUUGCAACCCUCAAUUCUGCAACAAGUACGACUCACUAAACGAUUUCAUAAUUAAAAAGUCAAGCUGGUCCAUUAAAAGCGCAUUCAGAAAGGUGACGAGGGCCUUCGAAAAUGUGAGCCUUGUUGUUCCGAUUGUUCAAAACAUAAAAAGGAAGGUCAGUCGGCUGUACGACGAGUUUUAUGAGAACGCCAUGACCCUUGAUCAAAUGUCCCAAAAAAUAAUUGAUAGACUGCACCCCAAAAGCAUCAACAGCAUGGAGGAGGAGUUAAGGGAGGAAGAACGCGCAGCCGAAGCCUUUAAGGAGCAGGCUGGCAAGGUCAUUACUGAGAUUUCUGAGUUAAAAAGCGCCAAACGGGAGAUCGCCGAGGACUCCCUUGAGAGCGCCACGACUAAGCGGGAGGUCAUUAGCGGCUUAAAUGUCGCCGUCGCCAAGCUUAAGAAGGAGCAGGCUUACACCAAGCUCGACUACGUCACCAGGCGGCUGCGCCAUUCUAUGCGGUCACUGCUCUUUUACGAAAUUAAGUUCUUUAACCAGGCCAAGCUUUAUGGCACUCACCACAACUUACACGUUGAGCUGAUAAAUAGGCUGCCAACUAACUUGGCGGACCAACAGGACUAUGACAUAGUUUUCGUAAGAAAGAUAAUGCUACUGCUCAUCCUCAUCACCUACAAAAAAUCAUUUGUUGCUGCUGAGAUAAAGAAAAUUGUCCCGUCUAUGGUUUUCUUUCAAGAGCAGGUUGUUAAAUACACUGAUAAACAGAGGAAGCUCUACGAAGAGUGCCUCUCGUUUGACUAA